UUGCAGCAGUUCGAUGAUAGGUCAGUGAAAAAUCGUGUUUUGUUGGAAAAUUUGAACUGCGGACAGCUUCGAGGACCACUUGUAGACUUUAAAUUAAGUGAAAAAGAUAUUUCUUACAGAAAAAAAGAGAAUACAGUUGUUAUUAUCACGAAAAAGUGAUGAAAAACAGUUUCUCUUUCAAGCAAAGUCAGACGAUAAAGUUGCAUAUUUUUGACAGCUAGAAUAAGCGCUGUCAGUGCGGCUCGAACGGCUCGAACCGUUGGUGUUAGUGUUCUUGUCGGAUUUCGGAAUCAGUGUGCGUGUGUUGUGUCGUUGCGGUCCGAAAAAGGGAACGCCAUAUUGAACAAAAGAAGAGACGAGAGAAUAGUUUAUCCGUCGUACAGCAGCCGCGGUUGCCCGUCAAAAAAGGCAAAGUGCGAAGCAAAACUAGAAAGCAUUUUUACAAUCUGCAAAGGAACUGAAACAAGUGAUACUACGUGGUCAAUUCUGCCAGGAAAAGUGGAUAUUUUCAUCGUUUGGGAUAGUCCCAGCUAGAUUGCGAAGAAAAGGGAGUCUGAGGAUUAGCCGUGUCCGAAUCCCGAAGAGUGUGUUUUCGUUUCUGCGCCCCUCGGAUACCAAUCUCGCAAUCGCAAUCAGUAUGGAGAGGAUGUGAAUGGCAUAAUAACUCAAUCAUUUUCCGCUAAAACGGUCAACAAUCGCCCGAAUGAAUACCCUAGUUGGUGAAAAGUAAUAGCACACCAAACAAACCAACAAAAUGUCCGGCCACAAUCCGCCCCACGGACGAUUAGGCCAACCGAAUUCUACAUGGAAUCCGCUACAGGUACCGUACAUUCCACGGCAACCUCAGUUGGCUCAUAUGUCCAGUGAACGAUCCAUGGCGAGAUCUCCGGUUACGUGGCAUACUCCACCCACCCAUCAGGAUCAGCUGUACAACUUUAUGACUGCUAAUCACAAGAACAAUCUAGAAAUCAACCCAAUGCUGCCAACGUUUGGACGUAGUUCCGGAAUGCCGCUAGGAUCGGUAGAUUUAUCCCUGUCAUCGGCAGCGAGAAGCACCCCAUCUCCGAAAGGUAGCAACCUGCAGCCGGGUCCGCCAGGACCGUCUCAACAUCAUCUGUCACCUAACAUUCCACCCGCACUGGGGGGAGGUCCGAUGCCGGAUCAAAAUGAUCACUUUCAUCCUAAAAUGGUUCCAGGACACAACCAACAACAGCAACAGCACCAUAAUUCUCAACUUCAUCAACAGCAGCAUCAGCCGCAUCAUCACAUGAAUACAAAUCACAACCGUUCCCCAUCGGCAGCUCAGAUCGGUGGGGUGAUACAAUCAACAGCUGCUCUAAAGGAUCGUUCUGGUCAACAUUCGGCCGCAAGUGCAGGGGGUGGUAGUGGGGGAAGUGCUGGUUCAGGAAGUGGAAGUGGAAAUGCUGCGUCCUGUAGCUUUCUGGGAAAUAGUGGAUCCAACAAUAUGGGACUAGGAUCCGGCAGUGCCGGUGGAAAUGGAUAUUAUAACAUGAUGAGUAGCAGUAGUAGCGGUAGCGGUAGUGGUAACAGCAGUGCUUGUGUUGAUGGUAGUAAUAGUAUUAACAGGCCACUAAGUGGCCAUAUUGGUGGAGCACCAGCUUCAUUGCCAACGAUGGUACCCAGUGAAUUUGCAGCGAUGAUCCCUGGUGGAUUGCAUAUCAAGGAUGCCAAACAAAUCAACAAUGAAGCUGGCAAAAACGGAAGGGAUAUUAUUCCAACUAACAACGAAUCAUCCGAUUUGGUUAAAGAUAUUCUUUUGCAUGCAAUGCAAAGUAAUCCCAUCUCAAUAUCUCCGAAAAGAAAUUGCCCCUUGCGGACACCCGUUCCUCCUAAUCAUAGUCCGACGCGAAGUCGCAGCCCACCGGCGUCGGUGCUGCUACAGUCGAUGGCCCAAUCGUCGACUGCCUCUGUAAAUAAAUCUUUUCAAUCGAAUCCUACUAACGUGCCAUCGACACUAGAAACAAGCGAUACCUCGGGUACCAAAACUAUCAGCUCACCAAACGCUGUCUCGCCAGUACUGUCGACUAGUGUAGUUCCAGCAGCAGCCAGUACUGAUCGAGCAUCACCCAAUCAAAGCAUCACUUCGAACGAAGAUUCAGCCGAUUCAAAUUCGAGCAAAUCGCGAAGACGACGAAAGCCCGACCGUACCAAUAAGAUGGGUGCCGAAGAGCUGGACAGAAUGCAUGAUUUCCUCGGUGGAGGCGACAACAGUGCUGACAAGUGUGAUCGAAUCGAGGGAAUCGAUCCUAUGCGACCAAACAUAGCGGUGCGCAACGAUAUUGCUACCCUUGCGUUGGAGGGAAUUAGUAGCCUCAGUCAAGGUUUGGCCAGUGAUAGUAGUCAUAGUCCUCAUAUUACGGAUCUGUCGGACAGUACUCGAAUUAAUUUGCAGAAUUUAUCCGAGGGUAAUUCUGCCAACGGGGGAGAGAGUAAAUCGCCGGCAGUUGGUUCCGUUAUAUCCAGUGUUCUAUCGGCGGCAGCAGCGGCCGUUAUGGGCUCAGCCCGAAAGGAUAGUGAAUCCAAUUCGGACGAUUGUGAAACUAUCGACAAGAUAGCGGCCAUGAUUUCCAGCACCGAAAACGAUGGCGCCAAUACGCAGCGAUUGCCAGUUGAAGCGGUCGCUUCCGCUGGGAAGAAUAGUGAAAGCGGCCGUAAUUGUAAUGGUCCUGCAAAGGAGACGCCAUCAGCUAAAGGUUCCUUAUCGUCCGGCAGUGAUAAAGCAGACUUGAACAAAAAUGAAAAUGAGACGGAUAAAAGCUUCGAAGAGGUGGAAAAUAAACUAGAAGAAAUGUUCGCCGGUAUCGAUGAAAGUGAACCACCAUGUACCAAGCCAUCGCCAUCGACAGGAAAGAAAUCGCCCUCAGUGAAGCAACCGACUGAAUCCACAGACAUUCUGAUCGCGCUAUCGGGGAAGAGCGAAGAAUCAGCACCACCUUCCAGUGGUCAGUCCCUUGAAGCUAGCGAAGAUUCACCCGUCGCAAGUACGAGUGGAACGCAAAAGAAAGUUCUCACUCCGGCAGCUAAACGAGCAAAUGCUGGCAAAUCCGCUGGUGGUGGCUCUCCGAACAAGCGGAAAAAGGUCCUAAAGAAGAAACCCGUCCAAAGUAAAGGAGCAAGUUUUGCGGCAGCCGAAGAAAGAGCCGCCAACUUUGGUACAAAAGGUGGCAAGAAACCAUUGUCCAAAGGGAACGGCAGGAAAGGAAAUGGUUCCGGAUCGGCAGGCAGCAAAAACAGUAAAGCGAAACCUAACGAAGGUGGAGCUGCGGUAGAUCCAAACGGGAAAUACAAGGGACCCUACGUUCAGGUUAAAUCGGAUGGCAGUCAUCUGGUUAUCAAUACUCCCAUCAACGAGGACGACUCGGAUAAACCGCAAAAUAAAACGAAAAAGUUUGUAAACUGCAUGAACAGCACUGAGAGGAGUAAAAUCCGUGGACUACAUGUUAGCACACUGAGCACAAAGUAUGACGCUGACACUACGGACACAAGCUGGAUGUGCGUAUUCUGCAAGACGGGGCCACACAAACAAAGGCUUGGCGAUUUAUUCGGUCCAUACAUCAUCAGCACCAAAUCCAGUGAAUUCGAGCAGAGUCAAACCGAUGAAGACUUCUUCAAUGUUAAGCGGACGAAGGAAAGUUUACAAUCAAAGCUGAUCAAGAAAGAGGAGACGGCUGGUUCAUCAAAUGCUCCUAAAGCUAAAAAGCGAAAAAUUGGAGUUGAACCUGCCAGCACGUCGCCUAUCAUACCAAGUACCAGCACCGCCCAACAACAAGAACCUGACGAGCCGCUACCUCCGGUCGAUAUCUUCUAUGGUAUGAUCAAAGCCGGUGACGACUCAUACGAAGUUUGGAUGCACGAAGACUGUCUGGUAUGGGCACCCGGGGUGCACAUUAUUGGGACACGCGUCGUCGGACUGGAAGCGGCUAUUUGGAAUUGCUGUCGGCAUCGGUGUCGGAUAUGUUCCUACCAGGGAGCCACGGUUAGCUGUCUACAGCGCGGGUGCAACGAAGAAGCGCACGUGGUUUGUGCGAGGAGAAACGACUGGGAAUUGAGUGACGAGUUCAAGCCGCACUGUGAAAAGCACACCAAAGCAGACUCUUGAGUAUUAGGGAACUAGGGAGUUUGCGAGGUUUCGUUUUAUGUUUGUUAACAGUUAUCGGUUUAUUUUUUCAGUUUUGUACAUUUCUAUUUAUUAGUAAGAAACUUCUGUUCAAGAAGGCGUCAAUAAAAAAAAAGAUCUGUUUUCUAUGUAGAAAAAGUCGACUUAAGAAGGCACUUUUCCCUACUGGCGGUAACUGAGAUCACAGAAGAUAUUAGAGAUUGAUUUUACACCUCGUUAAUUGGAAGGAAAAAGGAACCAUUUAAAUUAGAACUGUACAGUUUAGCCGUGUAAAUAUAGUCAGUCAGCUAGUGAUAAUGUUUAUGUUAGUUUUGAAGGUAGACAGAGACAUAUGGAACUGAGGAUGUUUGGCGUGGUUCGACAGUGUAUUUUUCAUGACGGUAUCUGUGGAAUUCUUGUGAGCAAAGUAAUUUAUUUAAAGAAAGUGUUAAUAAUAUCAAAGAUUCAUUGCACAUAAUUUUGGCUAGGCUAGAAAGUUUUCUUUUUUGAAGAAAAGCAAAAUAACAAUUUAACAUUGAUCAUUAAUUCUGACAAAGGAAAUGAGAAAAUAAAACGAGUAAUACAAAUUCGUUGGAUGCAUGUGAUUAAAUAAAAUGAUAAAAUUUCAAUCCAGGACAACGCGUGUGUAGUAUAUAUUAUUAAAUUGUGUCUCCUUGGAGAAGAAAAAUCUAUGGAAAAUUCUCGUAAAAUUUUAGUGAGUCAACCUAAAAUGCUGUAAAAUAAAUA